AUGGCUGGCGGCAAGGGCGGCAAGGGCGGCGCAGGCGCAGGCGCAGGCAGCGACACCAAGGGCAAGGACAUCUUCAAGACGCGCUGCGCGUCGUGCCACACCAUCGAAAAGGACGGCGGCAACAAGAUCGGGCCCGCUCUGUACGGCCUCUUCGGCCGCAAGACGGGCUCGGUCGAAGGCUACGCCUACACGGAUGCCAACAAGCAAAAGGGCGUCACGUGGGACGACGACACCCUCUUCGCCUACCUCGAGAACCCCAAGAAGUACAUCCCCGGCACCAAGAUGGCCUUUGGUGGCCUCAAGAAGGAGAAGGACAGGAAGGAUCUCAUUGCCUACCUGAAGAAGGCCAGCAGCUAA